CGCCCUGUCUCGGUGGACGUUUCACUGAAGUUGGAGAGGAGAAACAAAGUACUCUUUUCCUCAUCUUUCAGCAGACUUGAGUCCAUUUAAAUUUAUCUAAAAAGUACCAACGACACGUGUGCUGAAGUAAACAUGGCAUUGCCGAAAUGGGAGAGAAAAGCGCGUUUGUUUCUGUGUGUUUUCGGUUUGUUUUUGUCUGUUUACGCGCUUCACGUCGAGCUGUCCCGAGAGAGUGACCCAGAUUACAGGGCGAUGUGCGACCUGGGGGAGUCUGUGAGCUGCUCCAAAGUCUUUACCUCCAGAUGGGGACGUGGUUUUGGCUUGGUCCAGUUCUUCGCUGCUAAAGACAGCCCUCUGAACCAGCCCAACAGUGUGCUUGGCAUCAUAUUUUACACUCUGCAGAUGAGCCUUGGACUGACUCUGUCCAAAAAGGCGGCACUCUUCCUGGUCUUCUCCUCCUGGGUGUCUGUGGCAGGCUCACUCUAUCUCGCAUGUAUUCUCGCCUUUGUUCUGGGGGAUUUCUGCAUGGUCUGCGUGUCCACUUACAUCGUGAACUUCGCGUUGCUCUUCACCAACUUGAAACGUAGGAGAGCAAUUGAAGGAUUGAAGGAAAAGACUGGAUAGAAAGUGUUCAACGUGUGAAAUUCAACACCGAUAUUUUUGUGCCGAGCUGAAGCCACUGGAUCUGGAAAGCAAAUUCUCUCCCACACCAUUUCUGCAAUGUUUACACCUGUUAAGACUUUUCAGAAAAACAGGACUGGAGGUGCAUCUCAGAAGAGUUAUAAUAUGAUUUUUAGUGGAUGAAGUUGCCUUUUUUUGUACAUCAAUGUGCAUUUGUGAUGCUAAUUACACACUUUUGAAUACUA